UUUAAGAACCUGCGACAUUUUCCCCCCCAUACGAACAUCCAGUUGUCUUCCACAGAUAAUCUUUGUGUUGUAGACUUAGGUUUUAGAGAAGAAUGCGCUGAUUGUUUCUUUGAACUGAUCUCGAUGUUUAUGGUGUAAUUUGCGUCGGCCGAACACAAACGUCGAAGGGGCGCGAGAGGACGACACCGCGCUCGAGAGCAUCGCGUGGAGGAGGAGGGGACGAAGACACAAGAGGGGGUGUUCACUCAAAAUAUACUAUCCCUUUAAAACAAGGGGGACACGGCGGUGGGGGAGAGAUAGCGGGGCAGAGAAGACGGGAUAAAAAAAGAAAAGGAAGAAAGAGCGAGGGUGGGAGGGUGAGAGUAUUGCAGGGAAAAAAAGGAAAAAAUGUCAUCCACUCGAUUGAAAUGCCGAGGCGGAGCCAUGGACGACGACCGGUGAACCGCUCGCCAGACACGAAUGAGAUUUAACGCAACGCCGAGGCCCGCGCAGACGCCGCUCGGGCCUGGAUCGAGAAUCUUAUAAUAAUAAUAAAAAAAUUGAUGGAAAUAUUUUUUACCAACGCCAUGCUACCGCUGAGAGCAAAUUAAACAUUAAACUGCCAUUAUAAUUGUAUUAUCUUUGCAUGAAUUAUUGCACAUCGGUCUAAUUAACAAGAAAACAUAAAAUGCAGAAAUUCAUUUUAUAUAAAAUUUUAAGCAUGGUUGCUGUUAUGUGGCAAUGAGGUGUUAAUAACAGGGACCGUGACUGACAGCUGUCGUUUCUAAAUGUUUUUUUUAACAUAGGGUAAAAUGGAUAUUAAUUUAUGAGUGCCAGAGUAAUUUGCAUUCUUUCACUUUUUAAAUUUCAAUAACAUGUCUUUAUACAUAUGGUAGUUUUACAUUUUGAAUACAAAGAAUAUAUACAUGUGAAUGUGAUACAAUAGUGGAAGAAGUCGUUCAUUGUGGGGGAAAAAUCGACAAGUUGAUUUCAAACGGCAUCUGUCCUGUUCUACACGUCAUGAUGGAUGCAGCUUGGAGCAAUUUCCUCUUUCAGACAACUCCGCCUUCACAGUCCCAAACUGACGCGACCCUCCAAUCAGAUCUUCUCCCGGAGCUCACGGAUCCUUCUCAGGACCCGCCCCCUGAGCACAUAGCCCCGCCCCCAUCCACGGUGGACACAGCAGCGCUGAAUGAGGAGCCUGUACCGGUGAAGCCAGUCACGCGACCAGCCCGGCCUGCACACAUCUGCUCCAUAUGUAAUAAGCAGUUUAAGAACAGCUACAACCUGCGGCGUCACCAGUCUGUCCACACUGGAGUGAAGAUGAAGGACAGAGCCGCUAGAGAGAAAAUAGACGGAGGGAAGGCUGGAGCACGAUUGGAGAGGCAGACCAUCCCCCUUUCUCUCCUCCAGCUGUCUAUACCUGCCUCCAUACCCACGGCAGUCGACCCCAUGGUCCAUCCUUCCCCAAUCUGCAAUCAGCAGGUAGAAACAGUUGCUGUAUCUAUCGCCCCGGCAACGGUUGCCAUGACAGUGAACCAGCCCCUCCCUACUGCAGUGGUGGUUACUGGGACAAUGGUGCAGGCUGCACCAAAUUGCAACAUCAAUGAUAACCUAAGUAAUCCCACCCCGAUUCAAAUAUCUAUCCCAAUAACAAACCCGUUACCCAUCAAUCCAACUCCCAAUCCUAAUCCCAACCCCAACCCCAAUCCAGUCAGGAAGAACCAUGCCUGUGAGGCAUGUGGGAAGGCGUUCAGGGACGUGUACCAUCUUAACCGGCAUCGGUUGUCCCAUUCGGAUGAGAAGCCGUAUUCCUGUCCAAUCUGCCAACAGCGGUUUAAGAGAAAGGAUCGAAUGAGUUAUCAUGUUCGGUCACACCAGGGAGGAGUGGAGAAACCCUACGUGUGUCCGCACUGCGCUAAGGGCUUCUCACGGCCUGACCAUCUUAACAGUCAUGUGCGACAGGUGCACUCUACAGAAAGACCCUUCAAAUGUCCGACAUGUGAAUCCGCGUUCGCUACUAAAGACCGGUUACGAGCUCAUAUGAUCAGACACGAGGACAAGGUUCCCUGCCACAUCUGUGGCAAACUUCUCUCCCCUGCUUACAUCACAGAUCACAUGAGGGUCCACAACCAAUCACAGCAUCACAUCUGCCACCUCUGCAACCGCAGUUUCACCACACUGACGUACCUGCGCGUCCACGCUCAGAAGCACCAUGGGCAAGAGUGGAAGGAGAGUGGGGUCGGCCGUGGCUCAGGCCCAGGCGGGGUGCUGUUAUGCCAGCUGUGUGGGGUACACUGUAAGACGCCCACUCAGCUGCAGGGUCACAUGGCCACGCACGCCAACCAAACGGACCCCAACGUUCCUUGCCCCAUCAGCAGCAGCAGCAGUUCAGUGCAGACAGUGGGCACAGCCACUCCUGUUUCCAGCACUCCAGUCACAGUUGGGCUGCUGGUGACUGACUGCUCCAGCAUUGCUCCUCAGAGCCACAGCUAGCCCACAGCACACCACGAG